CAUGCCGAAGGGAGCGCGGCCGGCGGGGGCCAAGCAGGAGGAAUGGAAGGGGGGAGAGGAAGACCAACCGGUCAAGAAGGGCAAGAAGGACCGGAAAGGCAAAAAAUCUUUUUUCGAAGAGCUGGCGGAGGAGGAGAAGGCGGCGCCGGCUGAGCCCCCCCCGCCCCCUGAGAAGGAGACCCCGCCCCCCCCGCAGGGGUCCCGGCGCAAGCGGGACCGGCGGAAGGAGGCUCGGAGGCCGCGGGGGCGGAGCCUGAGCCCGAGGAGGAGGAGCUGAGCCGAAGGCUCCGGGCCCUGGCGGCCGCUGCCGACGAGGAGGAGGAGGAGGAGGAGGAGGAGGAAGGUCCGGGGUGGGAAUUUGGGGGGUCCCAGGAGGGGUUUGGGAUCCCUCAGUGACCCCUGGAAUGUUCCCACAGCUCCGGCGGGACGGAAAGGAGGGAGGAGGAGGAAGGUGAGGAGGGAAAGGUGGGGAAAGGGUUAAAAAAAAUGGGGGGUUGGGAGGGAAAUUAAAAAAAAAUUGGGAAUUGGAGAGGAGAAUUUUGAAAAGAAUGGGAGUUCAGGAGGGGAAUUAAAAAUAAUGGGGAUUUGGGAGGGGAAUUUAAAAAAAAAAAUGGGAUUUGGGAGGGGAAUUUAGAAAAAAGUGGGGAUUUGGGAGGGAAAUUUUUCAUAUAAUGGGAAUUUGAGGGAGAAAUUCUCCAAAAAAAUGGGAAUCUGGGAGGGAGAUUUCAAAAAAAUGGGGAGUUGGGAGAAAAUUUAGAAAAAAACGGGAACUUGAAAGGAAAACUUGCUGGAAAAUGAGGAAAAAAUUCAAUAAAAAUCUCAAAUUUUGGGAGAGUUGUAGGGUUGGAAAUGGAAUUUUUUGUUUUUUUUUAAUUAGGGUGGGAAUGUUUUUGCUGCGCUGAGCCAGGAGCAGAGUGAGGAGGAGGAGGAGGAGGAAGAGGAAGAGAAAGGAAAAAAAACAUCCAAGGGGAAAAGUGCCAAGGUGGGAAGGAAAAAACACCCCAGAAGUCCUGGAAAAAAAAAAAAAAUCUAAAAUUUCUGGGAAAAAUCCCAAAAUGUCUGGAAAAAAACAUCUCCAAAUUUCUGGAAUAAAAAAAUCCCAAAACUACCCAAAAAAAAAAAAAAAAAAAAAGCAAAAAAAACCAAACCCAAAUCUGUCAAAAAAAUCCCCAAAAUUCCAGUGGGGAAAAAAAACCCCCAAAUUCCCCAAAAAAAAAAAAAAACCAAAUCCCCCCAAAAAACCCCACAACAAAAUUCCCUGAAAAAAAAAAAAAAUUUAAAAAAUUACCUGAAAAAAAGCCACAAAAUCUCUGAAAAAAAAAAAAAACCAAAAACCUCCCAAAAUUUGGGAAUUCCCCAGGAGGAAGAGGAGGGUGAGAAGAAGAAGAAAAACCGAAAGCACGAGAAACCCAAAGGGAAGAGACAGGGGAAAUCUCCCAGCGAUGAUGAGGCCGAAGGCUCCGAGGAGGCCAAGGGGAAAAAG